UCCAGCCUGUGCUCCUGAGCUGAAGCUGGGUUUGGGCUCUUGCCACCAUGCCUGCCAACUACAAUGGGACCUGGGAGAUGGUGAAUAAUGAAAACUUCGAGGGCUACAUGGUUGCUUUAGGUAUUGAUUUUGCAACUCGUAAGAUUGCGAAACACUUGAAACAAACAAAGGAGAUUGUUCAAAAUGGAGACAAUUUUAAAACCAAAACACUCAGCACUUUCAGAAACUAUGAUUUGGAUUACACUGUGGGGGUGGAGUUUGAGGAGCACACCAAAGGACUGGAUAACCGAGUGGUGAAGUCCCUGGUGACCUGGGAUGGUGACAAACUGGUCUGUGUUCAGAAAGGUGAAAAGAACAACAGGGGCUGGAAGCACUGGAUUGAAGGAGACAUCCUGCAUCUGGAACUGACAUGUGAAGACCAGGUGUGCCAUCAGACAUUUAAGAAGAAGAACUAAAAUGGAGCAGAAAGCCUCCCAGAUUUUCAUCACAACGUUGUGCUGUUAUGUUUUGUCUAAAAAGAAGAAUGAAGCCAGAUUUUCAUUCUUUUGACACUUCUAUGUGAAGAUAUUAUGUGCCUGUUUGUGGAAACAAACACAUUUUAUAGAAAUAACAGUUACAAAGCACAUAAAUUUCUUUACCUUUCAGUCUGGAGUUAAAUAAAAGUAAUUGUCUUUCAAAUUAUGUUUCCCUACAUCUGUAUAAUGCCUUCCAGAGGAAUGUCUGUUAGCAACAAGGCUGAGAAUUACCAGUCACAAUUAUUUCAGUCACAGUCUGUGUCUCCAUAGUGCUGUAUUAUCAUAAUGUCUCUGGGUGACUGGGUAACACUGGAUAUUCAUUGGACUGUUUCUAGUUCAUUUAGUCCUGGAUCACUAAGUCCACAGUUUC